AUGGGCCUACGUUUGUCGUGUUCAUGUCCGGAUGCGUAUUCAUUUGCUACCGGAUGCUCAGGAGUUGAUGAGAGACGAUUACGCAUUCAUGCAGAAUUGUUUGAACUUUCGUCAGAUGGAUUGAAAUGGAUUUUGGUCGAACCGAGGCUUCUCUAUGUCACAAUUCAUACAUCAGCCGUAGAUGACACUACUCGAAUCACAGCGACAACAGCUGCUGGAAGAUCCGUUGUUGAAUCGAGAUUGGCUCCAGGUUCAAAAGUCGAGCGAAUCGCUGAAUGCUUUGUGUUUUGGAGGGAUUCGGCUGGGAGAACGUUGGCCGUGAAUACGCUAUCUGUUAGAGAUGCGUCAGCUUUCCUUGCUGCCGCCGCACCGAUGGAUUCGAUUCAUUCAAGUACAGCCGGGCUCUUUCAGCAAUCUGUCUCAUGUCGAGUCUCGCAAAUCGCUCAAUUUGACGGUGUUCGCGUUACUCCAAAGGUCACAUCUGUUGAAAGCACUGUUGUUGCGGUGAAUCCAUUAACCCUCGCCUUUCACUACGAUCAUCAAUUGAUUACAGUGGAUUUGUUGGAAUGCGUUGUGACAAGGGGGAAUUCUGAUCGAGAGAUUCAUCUCGGACAUUCGUUUUCCGUUUAUCAAUUCGAAUUCGAGCACUCAGCCGUUCAUUUCUUGGAACAGAUCUUGAACCUCUCAUCGCUUUUAUUGGCAAGAACAACAUCAUCAGAAGUUGCAUUGACAUAUCUACAAAGACAACGAGUGAAAAUCCAUGAGAGAAUCUCUCAGCUUCGUUCAUUGGGUGGAAGUGAUGGAAAUGCUGUGAUUUCUGAGGAAAGAUCUCUUCUCAAAGACGCGAUGAUUCGUUGUCGAAUUGCCGCUUUGCAACAUGCACAUAUUCCCGGAUAUGAGUCUUUAUCAUCUCAACUCGGCCCCCGUGCUCUUCAAUCAUCCAUUCUUGAGUCUCCUCUUCCAUCAAUCUACGUCACUUUUGCUAAUCUCUUCAAUUUCAGAAUGUGGCGAAAAGGGACCGAUAUUCGAGCGGGAGAUCUCCGUGUUUUGCAAGAACAAGGCGGGGAAAUCAAUGGGCAAUCGAGUCGACAGAUUUUCUCUGAUGCAAACGCUGUUGUAAUGGCGAGUCCUCCAAAUGGAGAUCAGCCAUUGAAUGAAAUGAUCACUUCAACCGCUGAACUUCUUCUCAAUUGUGCCCCGUCAACGAGCAAUGUUAAGAUGAUCCCAAUCGUUCUCCCGAACGGAAAAACGACAAUGAUCACUCACGAUAAUGAGAAUCCGGAUCAACUAUUGAUAAAAGCUUGUCAAAAGUUGAGUGUUCAAUCAAAUCUCUUCGAUUUGACGAAAUACUCAAAAGAGAAUGGAUCAACUGGAUGGAAAAUGAGACUGAGACAAGAAUAUGAGGUGGAGAAGAAAAACGGUCGACUUGGGUUGACCAUUUACGCUCACACGGAUCAAGGAGCGAUUCGGGCUGAGGUCCGGGGAGUGGCCUCAUUUUGUCCAGGAGGCCCAUCUGUGGGUGAUUGGGUGAUCGCUGUUGAUGGGAUUCCAAUUGAAAAGGCCGGCAGUGCGGCAGAAGUUGAGCAAUUGUUGAGAGAAGGGCGACGGAUUCGAUUAAAGAGAAGGCAAUUGGCUGGCGAAUUUCAAACACAACAAGUCCAGAAUAAUUCAUCCCAAUCAACCACUCCCCGAUCUCCAUCAUUACCCGCUCCAUUGCCAUCAACAAGAAUGAAAUUAGAAGAAAGAUUGCAUAAAGGAUUGCAAGAAUUGCUGAUAACUGAAAGGAGAUAUGUCGAUGAAUUGAAACAGAUGGUUGAUGGAUAUUUGAGUAUUCGAUCCGUUCGAGACACAAUGGAAUCUGCAUUGAGAUUGGAAAAGAUACAGGAGAGUUUCCUGGAAAGUCUUGAAGAGGCGAUUGGAGAUGCGGAGAAGGAAAAUGCCACAAAGGAACAAGUCAGAGAUGCAGUGAUCCGAGUGUGCGCUCUUUUUGUGAAUCGAUGCUCCGAUUUCAAGAUCUACGCCGAGUACGCAGCUGCCUAUCUUCGUUUACAGCAAGAGCUCUCGACAAGAAAAGAUAUUCUGGCUGAAUUGGAGGCAGCAAAUUCUACCAAAGCUCAGCAUUGCUCAUGGGAAUCUCGAAUGAUUAAACCCGUUCAACGAGUCGUUCAAUAUCCACUCCUCUUGCGAACAGUGGCUGCCGGUUGUGAGCGAGCAAGUUUGGAAGCAAGACAGGUAGAGACAGCUCUGCAAAAGAUGCAGACAUUAGCCGAAUAUGUGAAUGAAAUGCAAAGGAUUCACGAGCAAUUCAGUCAACAAAUUGAUCAAAUCAGAAAAACACAAGGAGAUCAAUUGAAAGAAAAGAGUCUUCGAAUCGAUGUGAGGGAUUUGUUGAUCUUUGCCCAUAUUCGUUGGCUGAAUUCCGAUCCAAAAGGGUCACAGGAAUACGUGAUUUUCGUCUUCUCCUCAUUGAUUCUCUUGUUGCCAAGUGUGCCAAAAGUGAAUUCAAAGAUCAAACAAUCCCGUGUUCUGCCUGUUGUCGAAGUGGAAAUUGUUGAACAAAGACAAAAAGAUGGAAAUGGAAUCGCGAUGAAUGAUGGAUUGUUGACUCUUGUGCAUCUCAUUGAUCAAAACCCGGCCAAAAGUUUAGAGUCGGCUCUACAAGACGGUCAAAUGUAUCGAAUUGCUUGCUGUCAACCACUUCUCAAGCAACAACUCAUCAAAAGUAUCCGAAAAGCGAGAACGACUUUCAUGAAAGAGCAAAAACGUCCCUUAUCCGGUUCUUCACAAAGUGAUGCCGGUUAUGCGAGUGAAUCGACGAAAGAUCGACCAAAUCCCUCUCAAAUCGACCAAAAUUCG